AUGUGUCUCACUCUUACUCUCAAGUAUUUGGCGUGUGGCCACGAAGAAUCAUACGUUCGUCCAUGCGGGCGCGAUGGUAUUCGUUGCAAUAUGAUGUCAGCGCACACCUGCAAUCUAAGAGCUGAAGUGUGCCGUGAUUGUUGGAUGCUUCCUGACUUUAGAGAAACCCCUGGUUAUCAACCCGAGGAGGCAAUGACAGAAAAUGAUGUAGCACGUUAUCAGGCUUGGAAUCUGACAGCUGAAACACAAGACUUACAAGCUCACCUCCAUAGCUUACCCCUCCCCAACCUUCUUAAUCAAUAUGCUCACUUCUACUCGACGAAGAUAGUGGUAUUUGAUUUGCUUAAUCAGAGUGCUUUGGGAGUACUCGAUGAGAUUGUUCACCAUCAUUUAGUUCCAGCUUUCCAGGCGCGUGUUAUUAACGUGUUAAAUUAUGCUCUGGCAGAUGCUUCUCAAGCUUUGGAUAACGAUGAUUGGAGAAUCGCGAUGGGCUAUAGAGUCUUCAUAAACUUCGACAAUUCUAGACAUUUCACUCGUCCUGAAGACCUGCAAGCACUCAUGGACGAUUGCGGUAUCUGCCGAAAUCCUUUAAACCACCAUGAUGAAGGAGAAACGAAUCAUGCUGUAGUAGAGACAACCUGCAAUCAUAUGCUUCAUGAAGGUUGCUUGGAGCGUUGGUUUGUAUCAUCUGCUCGUGGCGACUGCCCUAUGUGCAGAAGAUUGCUUCGAGAAACGGAACUUCCACAAAUCCCUACUCGCCUAGAAAUAGAUGGACCUUUCCCAGAAUGGCUAACAAUUCUAAACAGGUGUAUACGCCCAGUUAUUCCUCGUCCCGAAACGGUCACCGCUCAAGACCUGGAACGACUACAACUCGCAGUUGUAGACGCACGCGCAGCUCUCGUAACCGCCAGAGAGGAAUUCUUAAUCACCGAUAGAAGCGUGCGCAUAGCGACCGAAGCCAUCGACACUCGCGUAUUCGUUCCUCUGGAAGAUCUCCGUACAUUCCAAGACCGAUUGCUUGAAUCUGCUGCGAAUAUCGAGGAACAAGAUUUCCGAGACUAUCAGUAUUCACUUCGUCAACAUCAAAGAACACGUCUCAUGCGCGAGAAUGUUCUUCGUGAUUGGUUGCAUAGGAGACAAGAGAAGGAUCACGCAUACGAUCUUGCUCAGUCGAGAUACUAUGCUGCUGCGAGAGCGUUGAAUAUGGCGUGGGAUGUUGUGGCAACGCUCGUUCUGGAGGAAGUUGAGGAGGCUGAGAGAGCAGAAGACUCUGAUGAUUCCGAUGAUUCUGAUGCAGGUGAGCGUGCGAUAGAACGGAGGAUGAUGAAUAACUUACAGAUUCACUAA